AUGGGCAAGGCUGCUGCUUCUUUCGCUCCUGCGCACGUCGGCUUUCGCUUCACUGUCAAUUACGAGACCCCAUACUCAACUUUCCUCUCACUACACUACUCGUGCUCAACAACUACUUCCUUUGCCGCACGGGAACAACUCAACCGCGCCACCCAUACAAUCGGUUCCCGACGCUCGGUUCAUGACAUGGGCGAGACUGAGCUCACUGCCCAAAACAUCCAUGACACAAAACUCGAAGCUCAGGCUAACGCCCUUCCUCCAGGUGACGCCGCCAAGGGCGCCAAGCUUUUCCAGACUCGCUGCGCUCAGUGCCACACCGUCGAGGCCGAUGGUGCCAACAAGGUCGGCCCCAAGCUGCACGGUCUCUUCGGCCGCAAGUCCGGUCACGUCGAGGGUUACUCCUACACCGAUGCCAACAAGCAGGCCGGUGUUGAGUGGAACGACGACACCCUGUUCGACUACCUCGAGAACCCCAAGAAGUUCAUUCCCGGUACCAAGAUGGCCUUCGGUGGUCUCAAGAAGGCCAAGGAGCGCAACGACCUGAUCACUUACCUCCAGGAGGCUACCAAAUAA